CGUUAGGAAAUGCCAACUUGCAAAAAGGAAAAUAUGAUGAUGCUAUAUUAUAUGGUAAAAAAUGUCUUAUCAUCGCACAAGAAUCUGGUGAUAAAGUGGCUGAAAUGAAUGCGUACMUGUUGUUUGKGGAUAUCCAUUUAGAGAAAGAAGAAUAUGAGGAUGUUAUAUCCUACGGUGCAAAAUGUCUUGCCAUUGCACAAGAAUCUGGUGAUAAAAUGGRUGAGAUGAGUGCGUACUUGACGUUAAUGGAUGCCAACUUCAAGAAGGAAGAAUAUGAUGAUGCUAUAACAUACAGUACAAAAUGUCUUGCCAUCGCACAAGAAUCUGGUCAUAAAGUUCCUGAGAUGGGUGCAUACAUGAUGUUAGAAGAUGCCCACUUGAAGAAAAAAGAAUAUGAUGAUGCUAUAUUCUACAAUAAAAAACGUCUUGCCAUUGCCCAAGAAUCUGGUGAUAAAGUGGCUGAGAUGGAUGCGUACAUGAUGUUAGGGGAUGCCCACCUGAAGAAAGAAGAAUAUGAUGAUGCUAUAUUAUACAGUACAAAAUAUCUUGCCAUUUCCCAAGAAUCUGGUGAUAAAGUGGCUGAGAUGGGUGUGUACAUGACGUUAGGAAAUGCCAACUUGCAAAAAGGAAAAUAUGAUGAUGCUAUAUUAUAUGGUAAAAAAUGUCUUAUCAUCGCACAAGAAUCUGGUGAUAAAGUGGCUGAAAUGAAUGCGUACMUGUUGUUUGKGGAUAUCCAUUUAGAGAAAGAAGAAUAUGAGGAUGUUAUAUCCUACGGUGCAAAAUGUCUUGCCAUUGCACAAGAAUCUGGUGAUAAAAUGGRUGAGAUGAGUGCGUACUUGACGUUAAUGGAUGCCAACUUCAAGAAGGAAGAAUAUGAUGAUGCUAUAUUCUACAAUAAAAAACGUCUUGCCAUUGCCCAAGAAUCUGGUGAUAAAGUGGCUGAGAUGGAUGCAUACAUGAUGUUAGGGGAUGCCCACCUGAAGAAAGAAGAAUAUGAUGAUGCUCACUCCUUCUUCACAGAAGGCAUGACAAUAGCGAGGAAACUAGGUGACAACCAUAGCGUCAACCAUUUUGGGAUACGUAUUAACGAGAUUUAUGAAAUAGUUGGCAUUUCUGAUGGUAAAUUAUUAUCAGAAGAAGCAUUCCUGACGCUUCUGGAUAACGUUCAGAAAAAUAAACGUUUUUUCUAUUAUGUUUUUGGCUACUUGGAUAAUAAAGCAGAAGGCAAAUACAAGGAAGCCAUUUCAUAUCUUGAGACUUGUAUAGCGCUGGGAAAAAACAGUUUCUCUAAAGCUGAAUAUCGUGAACAAUUAUGGACUUGUAACCAUGACAUCUCAGAGUUGCAAGUAUUACUUGGGGACUACGAUAAGGGUAUACAGUAUCAACAAGAAGCACUUGAUGUUGCACGCAAAGAGGGCUCAAAGUCCAAACAGGCAAAGUCCCAUUUUAGCCUAGGAGAAGUCUAUUAUAAACUUAAACAGUUUGAGAAUGCAGAGAAGUCAUUCAAAGAAUCGUUAAGGUACUAUGAAUUGAUAUUUAUUGGUCUUAAGCAAAACGAUCGAUUCAAAAUAGCUUUCGUUGAUAAAUACAAAGAGACUUUCAAGCUGCUUCUGAAGAUUCUUAUUGAAACAAAUAAGAAAGAAGAAGCUCUGCUAUUGUCUGACCACUAUCGUACAAAAGCCCUGAAAGAUCUCCUUGUUUCAAGCUAUGGAAUGAAGAAAGAACAAACUGCUGAUGAGGGUUUACAGUACGCCAAUGUCCAGUCUCUUGUCUCCAGCAGUAACUACACUCUUCUGUUUUAUUCGACGUAUUCUAAAGAGUUGUACAUGUUUGUAGUAGAGGGGAACGAGCUUGGAUUUUCAGUCCAGCAUUUUGAAUACUGUGACUCAUGCCUAGACAAGCUUGUUGAUAAAACAUUCGACGAUAUGAAAGUGCGUCAAGUAAUCCACUGUGAGGACAGAUCGUUAGACGUCAUGCACUACUUUGAAGAAAACAAGAAUCCCAAAGAAGAUGAAUUAACACAGCUGUUGAUUCAAAGGAGAGAAAAAAGCUUAUCAGAACAAUGCCGUUCUAUUUGUGAAUGCAGAGGAAACCCAACAGAAAACAGCAAUGAGAGCAGCCUGACAAUUGGCCUGGAAAUAUUGUACAACAAGUUAAUAAACAAUAUCAAGUGCUUGAUUAAACGAGACGAAGUGGUCAUUAUUCCUGAAGGUCCUUUGUGCAGAUUACCAUUUGCUACCCUACGAGACCCAGACACAGGACAAUAUUUGGUAGAAACAAAGCGAAUAAGAAUGGCUCCUUCCAUAGCAUCUUUAAAGCUUCUCCAAGAAUACCCAGUGGAGGAUCACUCCAGAAAAAAAGCACUGAUCAUUGGCGCUACCUUCGUUGGUCCAGUCAUGUUGAAUGGAGAAAAAAGUGAAUUUAAGUUUUUAUAUGGCGCAAUAGAAGAGGCACAAGGAAUAGCUAUCAUGCUUGGAGUUCGGCCGUUAUUGUCAGCUAACGCUACGAAACCCGUUGUCAUAAAGAGACUACAAGAAGGAGUGUCUGUUGUUCAUAUUGCUGCGCACGGUAGCCUGAAAAAGGCCACAAUCGUACUUGCUCCUUCUCCUGAGAUAAGAGCAACAAAGAUCCCAGAUGAAGAAGAUUACAUGCUGACUAUGGCUGAUGUACAGCAGACUCAAGUACGUGCACAGUUAGUUGUGCUAAGCUGCUGUCACAGUGGGCGUGGUGAGAUUAAAGCUGAAGGUGUAGUUGGCAUGUGUCGCGCCUUUCUCGCGUCAGGAGCUCGUGCUGUGGUGGGUUCCCUGUGGGCCAUCAAUGACGAUGCUACAAGGAUGUUUAUGAAAACGUUUUACACCUAUCUGAAGGACGGCAACAGCGCAAGUACGAGCCUACAUCUGACGAUGAACUACAUGAGAAGUACGUCACAAUACAGUGAACCAAAGUAUUGGGCUCCUUUCUUUUUGAUGGGCGAUGAUGUGACGAUCCAGUUCUAAGAUUAGCAAAGUAAAGAUGAGAUUGAAACAUCUGACGAUGAACGACAUGAGAAGAACGCCACAAUACAGUGAACCAAAGUAUUGGGCUCUUUUCUUUUUGAUUAGCAAUGAUGUAACGAUCCAGUUCAAAGAUUAGCAUAGUAAAGAUGAAAUUGAAACAUUUUUUGAGGAAAUUUUCCUUUGGACAUUAUUUCCAUAAACAGUGAGUAAAAUAUAACAAUUAUCAAGUUUAAAGAUUCAAAGGACUAACAGUAUGUAUUCACUUUAGUGCAAAACCUGUUUUAGUUGGGAGGGGCGUAGAUCAAGACCACAAAAGCUAGGUCAGUGAGGCAAAGAAAAUAUAAUGUUCAAGAUUCUCGCAUUAGUCUUAUUUUGUUAGUUUCCGUGUUAUCACCAUGUCAGUACCUCACAGCUAAAAGGGUUUUGCUACUGUAUAUAUGAUAUAUUUAGUGUGCGUUAAGUUAGAACUAUAUAUACCACCAAGUCUAGGACACCGACCUUGUUAACAAGAGUUAACUGUAUUGAUGGUGUCACCCUACAGUCAUGUAACCAAUAUUGAAUGACAUGUGACUGUGAAGGUGAAAGGGAAAGAAACCCUAAACUCUUUUAAGGACCUAACCUGCCUGUGACACCCUGAUAACAAGAGUUAACUGUAUUGAUACUGUUAUCUCCCUACGGUCAUGUAACCAAUAUUGAAUGACAUGUGACUGUGAAGGUGAAAGGGAAAGAAACCCUAAACUCUUUUUAGGACCUAACCUGCCCGUGACACCCUGAUAACAAGAGUUAACUCUAUUGAUACUGUUAUCUCCCUACGGUCAUGUAACCAAUAUUGAAUGACAUGUGACUGUGAAGGUUUGAGGUGUGAGGUGUAGAGUAACUGAAUUAGCUCAUGGUAUGUUGAUAAGAUAUUAUUAGUCAGCUUUUCUGUCUUUUUUUAAACUUUUUUUAAAGACAUUUCUUUAUUAAUGAGGUUUGAAAAAUGAUUAAGGAUUGUAUUUUGACAAUACACGUCAAAUUUCUAGCAAACAUUAAAUGCUGACCACAAUUAGGUCAAGUUGGGGGGAUCUUAACUAUUAAGAGGACAUUUUUAUCAAUAAUGAGCAAUAAUGGCAAAAAGCGCCAAAAACU